UUAAUGGUGAGGAAUUCUUUGGUGUUUUAGCAAAAGGACCGAAAAUCCAAAAAGUCAACCUGGAAGUUUUGCCUUGACCUGACCCAUCCUGUGGAAGAUGGAAUAUUUGAUUCCGGGAAUUUUGAACAGUUCCUGAAGGAGAAGGUUAAGGUCAAUGGGAAAACUGGGAACUUGGGCAACACCGUUCACAUUGAACGUCUGAAGAACAAGAUCACAGUGACAUCUGAGAAGCAGUUUUCUAAAAGGUACCUGAAAUACCUCACCAAGAAGUACCUCAAGAAGAACAACCUGCGGGACUGGCUGCGCGUCGUCGCGUCCGACAAGGAGACGUACGAGCUGCGCUACUUCCAGAUCA